UAGGGUGGCCUAAAGGCUCCAGAGCCUGCCACUCGCUUGUCAUCAGCUGUUCCCGUUCCAGAGUGUUUUGUUUAGCAGUGAUAAACAGUUUACGUACUGAUAAGAAAGCAUCCAGUGAUAAAACUGACGCAAAUUUUGAUUGAAUAAUCAGACUGAAUGCAGCCAUCCUUUUUGCUCAUGAGUGGUGCUCUGCUGGCAAGGCGAAUCAGCGGCAUUCAGAGAUUCCGAAGAAACAUGUCUGGUGCCAGCGCUGUAUUGAGAGCCGGUUCCAACCCGAGGAUUGCCAUCGCCCAGAUGCGCUCCACCAACGAUAAGGACCACAACCUGAACCAAGUGAAGACCAUCAUCCAAAAGGCCACAAGCUAUUCCGCUCGUUUUCAGUUUGUGUUCUUCCCGGAAUGUUGUGACUACGUAGGAAGCAAUCGGGAGGAAACGCUGAAGCUGUCCGAACCGCUAACCGGUCAAACAGUGUCAGAAUACCAGAAACUGGCCAAGGACAACGGUCUGUGGCUGUCGAUGGGAGGCGUCCACGAAUCGAUAGCGGAAUCGACGACGACGACGCCAGAGGACGUUCGGAAUAUCUACAACACCCACAUCAUAAUAGACGAUCGGGGCGAGCUGGUGGCCAAGUAUAGAAAGUUGCACAUGUUCAACGUGGUGACGCCGGAGUUCAAGUUUAGGGAAUCGGAAACGGUGCGAUCGGGAAGCGAGCUGGUACCGCCGAUUGAGACUCCCAUCGGAAGAGUUGGAUUGCAAAUUUGCUACGACGUUCGUUUUGCGGAAGCUAGUACCUUGCUUCGAAAACAGGGAGCAGAGAUCCUGACUUACCCUUCCGCUUUUGCCGUCUCAACAGGCCGUGCCCAUUGGGAAGUUUUGCUCCGAGCCCGUGCUAUCGAAAACCAAUGCUUCGUGAUAGCGUCAGCACAAAUUGGGUUCCACAAUAAAAAGCGCGAAAGCUACGGCCACGCCAUGGUCGUCAAUCCCUGGGGCGUUAUUCUCGGCCAAGCCAGUCAACAGGACUUAGACGUCGUGGUCGUUGAGUUGGAUUUUGAUAAGUUGGCCAACGUACGACAGAAUAUGCCUUGCUUCGAGCAUCGGAGAGACGAUAUCUACAAUUUGUCCUAUCGAAAGGGAUCCGCAAAGUUGGAGAGCUUUGACGAGAAGUACAACUUCGGUGGCUAUGACAUUCCGAAGGAUACAGUGUUCUACUCAUCGGAUCUAUGCUACGCCUUUGUAAAUAUUCGCUGUGUUGUUCCAGGGCAUGUCCUCGUCUCCACGAAGCGAUGGGCAGCCCGGAUGCCGGAUCUAACCUCGGCUGAAAUCAACGACUUCUUCCAGACGGUGUGUAAGGUGCAGAAGGUGGCCGAGAGUCUGUACGGUGGUUCGUCGGCCACCGUCACAGUCCAAGAUGGGCCGGAUGCCGGCCAGACCGUGUUCCAUGUACACUGCCACGUGAUGCCCCGACAUAAAGGCGACUUUCCCGAGAACGAUCAGAUCUACACCGAGCUGAAUCUGCACGACACGAAACCGGAACAGCCCCGGCGGCCACUGGAGGAAAUGCGAGCCGAGGCGGGCCGAUUUCGGGACGAGUUUGUCCGAAUGGGGUUGUGAGGUUGGUAUUUGGUGGGCGUUUUAUGUGUACCGAUAAGAUAUAUAAUGUUGUAACUAUCUUGAAAAUAUUA